UCUCUCCCUCCGCUCUGACCUUCCCCUGGAGGGCCGGGCGGCGCGGCGCGUGCGCAGUAGGGAGCGGCCGAGCCGGCUCUGAGGGGUGACGAGGCGGCGGCGGCGAAGGAGGCGAAGCAGAGCGGCGGCGCCAUGAGGGCCGGGCGGGGGCUCCCACGUGCGCAGAGGACUCCGGAGCCCAUGUGCUGACCGCCGCCUGCCAUGCUGGCCUGCCUCCCAGGACCUGGCGACCUCUCCUUCCAGCUGCUUCCUUACCCGCAGAUGAACACUGGGCUUCAGAAAUGGGACACUCCACAGAAAAUGAGAGCCGCACAGCACCCUACUCCAGCAGAGUUGGACGCGUAUGCUAAGAAGGUAGCCAACCACCCUCUGACCAUCAAAAUUUUCCCCAACAGCAUCAAGGUCCCUCAGCGGAAACACGUGCGCCGUACUGUGAACGGGCUGGACACUUCUGGACAGAGGUACAGCCCUUACCCACCGUCGCAGGCUUCUGUGAAAACAGGCCUCCUGGCCAUCGUCCGGUCCCCGGCCAAAGGGGUCAUCAAGGACUUUGACGGGAAGCGGACCCGCCUGCUGCCGGAAGCCAUGAUGAACCCCCCCUCCGUCCCCUACCCGGCACCUAGCACUUUAAGCCACCCCCAGGCGCUGGCUCGCCAGCAGGCCCUCCAGCAGCUCCACUCUCAGGGGGUCCCCCCCACCCUGCAGCCGCCACAGAAUGUGGCCCACCCCGGCCUGCAGCAGCUGCCGCCGCAGCACCCCGCCAACCACUUGCAGCAGCCUCCGCAGCCCCCACCGCUGUCGGGCAUGCACCUGGGCAGGAAGAUGGCCGACGCCGACGCCCCUCCGAAUGUGACCGUCUCUACCUCAACCAUCCCGCUCUCCAUGGCUGCCACGCUGCAGCAGAGCCAGCCUCCGGACCUGAGCAGCAUCGUGCACCAGAUCAGCCAGUUCUGCCAGGCGCGCACGGGCGCCAGCGCUACCUCAGUCUGCGAGGGACAGAUCGCCAACCCCAGCCCCAUCAGCCGCAACCUCCUGAUCAGCGCCAGCACCCGGGUGUCCGCGCAUAACGUCCCCACCCCCCUGCCUUCCUGCGGCAUGGUCAACCCUGGCGACCACGCCGUGCCGGUCCCGCCCUCUGCCAUGGGGGUGCCGCAGGGCAGUGUGGCCCGUGGCCCUCCUGCCUACCAAAGCGAAAUGAAGCAGGUGGCCGUGGCCUGGAACCAGCACCAGCUGGCUCACCUACAGCAGAUGUGUGGCGAGGCCAUCGGACCCUCGGCCCCCAUGGGGAAGCCCCCCGGGCGAGAGCUACCCGGGCAGGGCUUAUCUGGUAAAGGGUCAGGCUACGCCCUGGAGCUGUGCAUGGCCCAGCCGUUCGGCGCGAAGGCCGCCUUGGAGAAGCCUGCCCCAUCGCCCCCCAUCAACGGCCUGCCCGGGCCUGCCCCCUUCACCAACGGGCACUACUUCCAGCCCCCGCUGUGGAAUAACAUUCUGCCCACGCCCAACAGCGACAGCUCGGGCUCCCAGGACCUAGCCCUGCCGUUCCAUGGGGGCGGCAGCGGAGGAGGAGGAGCAGGCGGACUGCAGACGAUGGGGGCAGCUGCCCUGGAGUGCACAGCUGGCCCCCACUGCCGAGCCGGGGCAGGGCCCCCCGGCCCGGGCAGCGUGAUGCCACCGAUGGAGUACCCGGACUUCCACCGGUCCUGCCACCGCGAGCCAGGCGGAGCCCCGCUGAGCAAAGCCGCCCGCACGUCGGUGAACCGAGGCCGGGGGCCCGGCGAGAGCUGCGCCCUUCACCUCCAGCACCCCGGGUACAGAUGAGGAGGGCGGCGGUGGUGGCACGGUGACUUUCGCUCGGAGCGAGGACCGUAGGGGUAGUUUGGGCUGGCAAUCCGGCUGUUUUCUCUUUUUUGAACUGGCAAACUGCUGUGAUCAUUCUCGCAAACGGCUGGCACUAGAGGUGAGCCCCCCCCUCCCUUCUGGGUGACCCCCCCCGCCUUCUCCCACCCCGACUUUUCCGCUGCCAGCCUGUAGCAAAUGCAGAAUAUCCCCUCCCAGAAGCCCCCUGCCCCCCCUCCCCCUGUAGCAGACACACACACACAUAGACCCCGGAAGGAAUGCCUCUGCAGAGCCUCUAGUUUUGCCCCUUCCUGCCAGGGGGUGGGUGGGGGGGCUUGGCUGAAAGAAGGCCCUGGGAGUCCCUUAGCCCCCUCCAAAGGGCAGAAGACCCCAGAAGGGAGCUCCCCACUAGGUGCAACGAAGCCCCCCCCCCCCGAUUAAGAUGCCCUCUUCUCCCCAGCCAUUAUGGGAUGUAAUGGAGGCCUGUCUGUUUUGGCCUCUUGGGGAAUCUCGGCCCUUUGUCCCUGGAAGCUGGAUCCAGAUGGCAACCCCCACCCACCCACCCCUCCUGACCCUGACGCUGUUGCCUAGUUGGGUCACGAAACGUCUGCUCCAAAAAAUAAUCCACUGCGCUCAGAGAACAAGGCCCCCCCCCAUUUCAAGGCUGAGCAACAGACGCAGGGAGUCCUCGACUUAACGAUAACCAUCGGAGGGGGGGGGGAGAAUUUAUGUUGUUAAGCCGGGUGGGCAUUAAGGGACCCCCCCCCGAUUUGUUUGGCCACUGCCGAGCAAAUCUCCGUGAGUCCCGGCGUCGUUGAAUAAAUCUGGCUUCCCCCGUGGACCGGUUUGCAAAAAGGGGGGGAGAAGAAUCACAUGUCCUGAGGACCCGGCCAGCGUCACCAUUCGCACGUCGGUUGGCCGAACGCACCAAGGGUGACCCCGUGCAACGGUCAUAACUGCGGGGAUUUUUCGUCAGCCGCCUUACGAAUGGUCGCUAAGUCGAGGACUGCUUUGAUCCAGCUCUGGGGAGGGUCUUCGGGUCCUCCCGGUUUCCUAACGGGGCGGAGCUGGUCCUUUGGGUGAAAAGUGGUGCUGGAGUCCCAUUCCCCACACACGCACACGCACACACCCCGUCGCUGAUGCCCCCUCCCCCAAAAGACAGCCCCCCCCCCAAAAAAUGAUCACGGUAAUGUUUGGAGUUGAAAAAAGAACCCCAUCCAAACCUCCAGCUGCUUUUCCGAAGCUUUUUCUCUCUUAGCCAGGGGUCUCCAAACGCGGCCCCUUUA